AUGAUCUCAAGAGUCACAUCGAUUGCUACGGCGCUCUCCCUGCUGGGAGUGGCCAGUGCUUGGCUCCCUCAGCAGAACGUUGAUCGCAUGGAAGCCCGCGAUGGCUCCAACCUGUUCAACACAACAAAGCAAAUCGAGGGCCGCUGGCUGACUACCGACGGCAAGCCUCUCCGCGGUGUCAACCUGGGCUCUCAGUUCAUCCUGGAGCCGUGGAUGGCCAGCAACACGUGGAGCAGCAUGGGCUGCGGUGGGCAGAACUCGGAGUUCGACUGCGUGUCCCACCUGGGCCAGUCGGCGGCGAACUCGGCCUUCCAGAGCCACUGGGGCUCGUGGAUCGUCGAGAGCGACCUCAACGACAUGCAGAGCUACGGGCUCAAUGCGAUCCGCAUUCCAUUGGGCUACUGGCUGGACGAGAGCAUCGUCUACUCGGACUCGGAGCACUUUCCCAAGGGCGCACUGUCGUACCUUAAGAAGAUCUGCGGCUGGGCCAGCGACCGCGGCUUUUACAUUGUGCUCGGCAUGCACGGCGCGCCAGGCGCGCAGGUGGCGCAGAACGCGUUCACGGGCCAGUACGCGUCAACGCCGGGCUUUUACGUGGACUACCAGUACGAGCGGGCGCUCAAAUUCCUCGAGUACUUGGUGACGGAAGUGCACAGCAAUACGGAGUACCGAAAUGUGGGCAUGAUUGAGCUGGUCAACGAGCCGCUGCAGAACACGGGCUCGCAGACGACGAGCAUGCGCGAGUCCUACUACAAAGACGCCUGGGACCGGGUGCACAGCAAGGAGGACAGCCUUGGCGUCACGGGCAACGGACAGGUGCACCUGCUGGUCAUGAACGACAACUGGGGCAGCGGCAAUCCGACCGAGUGGAUGAAUGGCUGGUACGUCGCCUACGACGACCACCGCUACCUCAAGUACGACAGCAGCGUGUCCGUCAGCCAGAGCGCGUACCUGUCGGCGUCCUGCAAUGACGCCAGCCAGUCCGAUAGCCCCGGCAUCGUUGGCGAGUUCAGUCUCAGCCCGCCUGACAACGUGGAGAAAACCAGUGCCUGGGCCCCAAGCGACAACAAGGACUUCUACACCAAGUGGUUCGCCGCCCAAGUCUCGUCCUACGAGAAGCAUAACCUCGGCUGGUUCUUCUGGAGCUGGAAGACCGAGCUCGGCGACUACCGCUGGAGUUACAAGGAGGCCGUCGAGGCCGGCGUCAUCCCCAAAGACCCCGGCUCUGUCGACCGCAGCGCUGCAUGCUCCUAG